AAGGCUUUUGUUAUUUAAUUCUUCUUUAGGCAAGGGUGGGUCCCAAGCUUACGUGGAUCUGCUGGAAUGGGCAAAAGGGCUGAAAGUGAAGCAAUAAACGUGGCCCAAUAAAGCCCAUCGAUCACUUUCUUUUAUCAACAUUGCACAAGAUAGUUUGCGCUCUUCUGCAAUGGCGCUUUCUUAUUAUUUCUUCCUCCUACUCUUCUUCUUUCUCAGCUCCUUGGCAAUUUCAGUCCAAUCGGACGGCCCAAAAUCUUUCAUAGUCCACGUGUCCAAAUCACACAAGCCUCAUAUUUUCACUACUCACCAUCAUUGGUACUCCUCCAUUCUCCAAUCAGUCUCUUCUUACUCUCAACAUUCUCCACAAAUUUUGUAUUCUUAUGACCGUGCUGCCCGGGGUUUCUCUGCCCGUCUUACAUCCGGGCAGGCUGACCAGCUCCGCCGUGUCCCCGGUGUGGUCUCCGUCAUCCCUGACCGCGUACGACAACUUCAUACUACUCAUACACCUACCUUCUUAGGCCUUGCAGAUACAUUUGGGAUUUGGCCUAAUUCCGAUUACGCUGAUGAUGUUAUUGUUGGUGUUCUCGACACAGGUAUUUGGCCUGAAAGGCCGAGCUUUUCUGAUGAGGGGCUUUCUGCAGUUCCUUCAGGUUGGAAAGGGAAAUGUGAGACGGGAAAAGACUUUCCUGCAAGUUCGUGCAAUCGUAAAAUUAUAGGUGCGCGGUUGUUUUACAGAGGGUAUGAAGCUGAUCGUGGAAGUCCGAUGGAUGAAUCGAAAGAAUCCAAAUCUCCAAGAGAUACUGAAGGUCACGGAACACACACUGCUUCAACUGCAGCUGGAUCUGUUGCAGCCAAUGCGAGCUUUUACCAAUAUGCAAAAGGUGAAGCUAGAGGUAUGGCUGUGAAGGCCAGAAUAGCAGCUUAUAAGAUCUGUUGGAAAAGAGGUUGUUUUGAUUCUGAUAUACUAGCUGCAAUGGAUCAAGCCGUUGCUGAUGGUGUUCAUGUGAUUUCUCUUUCCGUUGGUGCUGAUGGUUAUUCACCGGAGUAUGACGCUGACUCCAUUGCUAUUGGAGCUUUUGGUGCCUCAGAACAUGGCGUUGUCGUCUCUUGCUCUGCUGGAAAUUCCGGUCCUGGUGCUUCUACAGCAGUCAACGUUGCUCCGUGGAUUCUCACUGUUGCUGCUUCAACGAUAGAUCGGGAAUUUCCAGCGGAUGUUAUCUUAGGAGACGGUAGAAUAUUUGGUGGCGUAUCUUUAUAUACCGGAGAUCCUCUCGGUGAUGAGAAACUACCUCUGGUUUAUUCAGGCGAUUGUGGCAGUCCACUCUGUUAUCCAGGAAAGCUGGAUCCCUCCAAAGUUGCUGGAAAGAUUGUAUUAUGUGAUCGAGGAGGCAAUGCCAGAGUAGAGAAAGGAAGUGCUGUGAAACAGGCAGGCGGUGUGGGAAUGGUGCUAGCAAACUUAGCUGACUCUGGAGAAGAACUCGUAGCCGAUUCACAUCUCAUCGCAGGGACGAUGGUAGGUCGAAAAGCCGGUGAUAAAAUCAGGGAUUACAUCAAAUCUGAUCCAUCACCAACAGCAACGAUCACUCUCAGAGGAACUGUUAUAGGAAAAUCACCGUCUGCUCCACGUAUUGCUGCAUUCUCAGGCCGAGGACCCAAUUAUGUGACACCGGAGAUACUUAAACCGGAUGUCACUGCACCAGGAGUCAACAUUUUAGCCGGGUGGACUGGAUCCAUUGGCCCAACAGAUUUGGAAAUCGACAAAAGAAGAGUGGAAUUUAACAUUAUAUCUGGAACAUCCAUGUCUUGUCCUCAUGUAAGUGGAUUAGCUGCAUUACUCAGAAAGGCUUAUCCUAAAUGGACCACAGCAGCCAUAAAAUCAGCUCUCAUGACAACAGCUUACAACGUUGAUAACUCUGGGAAAAUCUUCACGGAUCUUGCCACAGGUCAAGAAUCGAGUCCUUUAGUUCAUGGGUCUGGUCAUGUGGAUCCAAACAGAGCAAUGGAUCCGGGUCUGAUUUACGAUAUGGAGUCGAGCGAUUACAUAGGUUUCCUAUGCGCCAUUGGUUAUGGCCCCUCAAGAAUCUCACCAUUCACGAAAAAUACUUCUUCGGUUGAUUGCAGUAAACAUAGUUUGGGUAGUCCAGGGGAUUUGAAUUAUCCAUCAUUCUCAGUUGUUUUCAUGAGUGAGAGUGUUGUAAAAUUCAAGCGAGUGGUUAAAAAUGUGGGGAGGAAUGCAAAUGCAGUGUAUGAGGUAAAGAUAAAUGCACCAUCGUCUGUGGAGGUGAAGGUGACUCCAAGUAAGCUCAGUUUCAGUGAGGAAAAGAGUAGUUUGUCAUAUGAGAUUAGUUUUAGCAGCAGCAAUGGAAGUCUUGGGUUGGAGCAGGUGAAGGGUCUUGAAUCGGCAUUUGGAUCAAUUGUGUGGUCUGAUGGAAUUCACAGUGUGAGGAGUCCAAUUGCAGUGCGUUGGCUAUCCUCCUUUGCUGCUUUUUAGCCAGUUUGAUGAUCAUGACAAUGCAGCAGAAGGCGUUCUGUGCUAACUGCAUAUCCGUGAUGGUCCAAAAGAUGACAGGAGGCCAAAUUUGGAAAGGGGAAAAGAAAUAUUGAAGGACCAUCUUCCUGUUGAAAUAAGGUUAAAAUUUUCAUUGUCGUCCUGUUUUAUUGUCUCUGAAUGUUGCUCAGCCUGGUACACUUGAUUUGGAUACGUGAUUAUGACGAAAUGCGUGAUUUCAGUCUCUUACCACUUCAAA